GUGUUGCCUUGUCCCUCUCUCUCUUUCUCCUCUCGCAAACGCCAUUCUUGGCCGAUUCAAGCUUAAAAAAGGUAUGAAGCUUCUCCCUUCCUCUUAGCUUGAAGACGAGAGAAACUGCCGUUCGUUCAUGGCUCAUGUCGAUGGUGAUCAAGCGGCGAUUUAAUUGAUAUCGCUGGGUUCUAGCGGAAGCAAGCACAAGCGGCCGGCCAUGGCGACACGGCCGUCGCCGCGGUCGCGAGAAGGGGCGCGGCCACGAAGCACCAGCGGCAGGCCUCCGUCGAGCCCGCGCAACAGCUCCGACUCCUCCCGCCGCUCCUCCUUCGCCGCGACCUCCUCGGCGUCCGACAAGCCGGUGCCGUCGUUCCUCCGCCCCACCGUGAGCUCGUCGUUGCACAGCUCGUCCUCUUCGUCGUCGUUGUUGUCGCCCUCAUCCAAGGGCGGUACCGGAGGAACGCCGAGGAGGUCCACCGACAAGGCCCCGGCGGGAUCAGCGCCGCGGCCGAUCACGCCCAAGGCCAAGGUGGCGGCGUCCACGUCGCGAUGGUCCGCGAUGUCGCCGAGGCAGCUGAUGCAGAAGGCGUCCAAUGCCAUCAAAGGCAGCAGCAGCAGCAGCAAGUCACGCGCCAAGAAAGAGAAGGAGGCGACCACCUCGGCGGCAACCACGGCCGCCGGCAAGGAGGAGGUCACUCCGGCGAACACGGGGUCCGGCAAGGCGGUUGUCAGUGCUCCGGCCGAAACCAAGAUAGCCCAGUCCGUGGAGGAGCACCACCAGCAGCCCCCUGAAGCGCCCGCCGAGUCAUCACCAGCCGCCGUCGCCGUGCAAGCAGAGGCGGCGGCUCCGGAGCCCAAAGCAGAGCAAGACAAACGGCAGGAGGAGACGCCGCAAGAAGUUGCCGCGACGGUGGAGGAGAGAGGCCAUGAGCAGGAGGAGACGGCGCAAGAAGUUGUCGCAGCAAUGGAGGAGAGAGGCCAAGAGGAGGAGCCGGUUAGCACGGGAGAGCCAGAAGGAGAAGCAGAGGAGGAGGCCGUCGCCGUCGUGGUAAAGACAGAUGCGCCGGAGCUGGAAGAGACGCCGGCGCAAACCGGCGCCAUUGCAGAGCCAGAAACAGAGAUUCAGAGGAAUGCAGAGGAUGAGCCGCCGCCUCCGCCUGACGCCAUUGUCGAAGAAACAACGGAAUUGGCAACGCAGAACGGGCGGCAAGAUGAACCCGAAUCCACCACGGUUGAAGACACAGCCGUGGAGGAGGCGAUCAAGGCCGAGGAGGAGAGACAGCAAGAAGAGGCACCGAGACCGGGAGAGAACACGGAGAACUCUGUGAUCUCUGAAGAUCCAAAGGAGGAAGAACCUGCGGUUAAUGAUGACACUGAAGCACAAGAGCAAGUUCCCGAGGUGGUAAAAGUGGCAGUGGAGCCGAUCAUCCCAUCGGAGCCAGCGACGCCGCUGGAAGAAGCUCGCGACGAUGCGGAGACAGCGCAAGCGAGCCCGUCGGAACCCGCAACGCCGGCGGCGGAAGAAGCUACCACCAACAAGGAGAAGGCCGCGAUCGAUACUACCCUGACGACUCCAGGACCAGCAACGGCGCCGCCGGUGAAAGAAGCUGCCAAGGCGGUGAAGGAGGGCACGUCCACGGGGACGGACACGGAGAAGACGAAGCUGACGUUCAAGGGGAGCAAGGUGAAGACGGCGAUGGAGAAGCGGUCGUCGGAGGAGCAGCCGAAGAAGAAGGACGUGGCGCGGAGCAACGACGUGAUCGAGGAGACCAAGAAGACGCUGCUGGAGAAGAGGAAGAGCAAGGUGAGGGCGCUGGUCGGGGCGUUCGAGACGGUCAUGGACACCAGCCCGGGAAAAUCGAGCUGAUCGAUUUGAUUUUGGAGGGAAAGCUUAGCCUCAGUUCAGUGGUGAUGCAUGUAUGCGUGGUUUGUUUGAAAUGUGAGGUGUGUUUGUGAUAUUGUCAUGUUUCGGUUUCUUGUUCUCUUUGUUGCAUUGAGCAUUUGAUUGAUUCUUCUGGUGGCUGAAACGAAUGGAAAUGUUAUUGUUGAUUUGUUUGAUUGUUUGUUUGUUGAUCUAGCAUUUGUUUAUGAGAAGGUAACUUGCAUGUUGUUCAGAGACUGGCUGUAGUGAACUUAUGCUGCAUGCCUACCUUGCAGGGUUUGAGAUGUAUGCUUCUAUGUAAAUAUCUGUUAUGAAUUCCACCUUGUACGUCUUAUAAAUGUUCGUGGAAAUGGAUUACUGUAC